UCUAACUUUGACUGUUACCAGCGCAUUAUAGCACGCACCACAUAAUAAAGCAAACCAUUCAUCUCUCUCUCUCUCUGACAACGCCAGUCCAGAAGAGGAAAACCAACUCAUACACAUCGAAACCUAUGGAUCUAGGCUUCUGAUUCUCCUAAACAUCGUUGUUCAAAAGGGUCUCUGUUGAUGCCUGGAAAUUUCUGGUUCCAUCGGUAAAUGAUUUUUUUAAUCACAGUGAAAAUAGAACGUAAGUAGGAUAUAAGGAAAAUUUUUAAACCAAUGGCUUCGGUGGGCAUAGCUCCUACUUCUGGUUUGAGAGAACCCAGUGGUCAUACUAUCGGUGUUGAUCGGUUGCCCGAGGAGAUGAAUGAUAUGAAAAUCAAGGAUGACAAAGAAAUGGAAGCCACAGUUGUUGAUGGUAAUGGGACAGAGACGGGUCACAUAAUUGUGACGACUAUUGGUGGUAGAAAUGGCCAAUCGAAGCAGACAAUAAGCUAUAUGGCUGAGCGCGUUGUUGGACAUGGAUCAUUUGGAGUUGUGUUCCAAGCAAAGUGCUUAGAGACUGGUGAAACUGUGGCUAUAAAGAAGGUGCUUCAAGACAAGAGAUAUAAAAACCGAGAGCUGCAAACUAUGCGCCUUCUUGACCACCCUAAUGUUGUCUCUUUGAAACAUUGUUUCUUUUCAACAACUGAAAAGGAUGAACUGUACCUUAAUUUGGUACUUGAAUAUGUCCCUGAAACUGUUCAUCGCGUGAUCAAACACUACAACAAAUUGAACCAAAGGAUGCCAUUGAUAUAUGUGAAACUCUAUACGUACCAGAUCUUUAGGGCACUAUCAUAUAUUCAUCGCUGCAUUGGAGUGUGUCAUAGGGACAUUAAACCUCAAAAUCUUUUGGUGAAUCCACAUACACACCAGGUUAAAUUAUGUGACUUCGGAAGUGCGAAAGUCUUGAUAAAAGGGGAACCAAAUAUUUCUUACAUCUGCUCUAGAUAUUAUCGUGCACCAGAGCUUAUAUUUGGAGCCACUGAGUAUACUACAGCUAUUGACAUAUGGUCUGCUGGCUGUGUUCUUGCGGAGCUACUGCUUGGACAGCCUCUGUUUCCUGGGGAGAGUGGAGUUGACCAGCUGGUGGAGAUAAUAAAGAUUCUGGGCACUCCGACAAGGGAGGAAAUCAAAUGCAUGAACCCUAACUAUACAGAGUUCAAAUUCCCUCAGAUUAAAGCUCAUCCAUGGCAUAAGAUAUUCCACAAGCGUAUGCCCCCAGAAGCUGUUGAUCUGGUUUCAAGACUACUGCAGUACUCCCCGAACCUACGAUGCGCAGCUCUGGAUGCCUUGAUACAUCCCUUUUUUGAUGAGCUUCGUGAUCCAAACAGUCGCUUGCCAAAUGGACGUUUCCUCCCACCUUUAUUCAACUUUAAAUCACAUGAAUUGAAGGGGGUACCGGUUGAGAUUUUGGUGAGAUUGAUCCCAGAGCAUGCAAGAAAGCAAUGCCCCUUUGUUGGUUUGUGAUUUGAUGUGAAUUGUAAUGAACCCGCAAUAGUGUUGUCCCUAUAUGGAAGCAAUGAAUGAAUGUAAUGUGUUCCUUCUAUUUAUGCCAUUUGUUCUCCUUUCCUUCAAUGUAUCUUUUGUUGUAUCACCUUGUUUUGUAAAAGCAGAUCUAGAGAUAUGCCACGCAUCUUGCCCAAACCCCUCGAUGGGUCAUGUUCUGAUUACCCUGUUCCUGUAUCGUCUCAGCUUGUAACCUCACAUAGAAGACAAACAUCAGCACUAUUUAAAUGUUUUUUACUGUAUUGGUAUUUCUAGAACACAUCUGCAUA